GAGUAAACAAAAAUGGUAGCAAAGGUUUGGUUUAUGCUCAAGCUUCUAAUGUUUCAAGGUCUUUUCACUUCACCUCCUCCAGAUCCAGGCUUUGAUUUCUUCUACCUUGCUCUUCAGUGGCCAGGGGCCUAUUGUGACACAAAGCGUGCUUGUUGCUAUCCAACAACAGGUAAACCUGCAGCAGAUUUUGGCAUCCACGGUCUGUGGCCUAAUUACAACAACGGUUCGUAUCCAUCAAACUGCGAUCCCAGCAAUGAAUUUGAUCCAUCUGAGAUAUCGGAUCUGGUAAGUACUUUGCAAACGAAGUGGCCAACACUAUCUUGUCCGAGCAACGAAGGUUACAAGUUUUGGGAACACGAGUGGGAAAAACAUGGUACGUGUUCGGAAUCUGUUAUGGACCAACAUGGCUACUUUGAGAAAACUCUUGCACUCAGGGACAGAAUCAAUCUUCUUCAAAUCCUCACAGACGCAGGUAUCAAACCAAAUGACGAAUUCUAUAAACUAAAGCACAUUAAAAAGGCGAUAAAAAGAGCAACGGGGGUUAUCCCAGUAGUCAAUUGUAACAAAGAUCCGGAGAAAAACAGUCAACUUCACGAGAUCUUAUUUUGCGUCGAUAAAUCAGCAACCGAGUUUAUCGAUUGUCCAAUGCCUACAGAUAGAUGUCCUUAUUCUCGUAUCCAGUUUGCUAAGUUUUAGUUAUAUAUUUCUUUUGAGUGUUUUGUUAUAAGCUUUAAAUUUCAUGUGGAAUCUGAAAUGUAAUGUUUAACACGUUACUUAAUUUAUCUUAAAUUUAAUAAAACAAGCUUUGGUGUGAUAAUGACAUGCAUGUCUAUAAAUUACAAUGUAUUAUUUUAUUCUUUUUGAUCAUGGCAGCAUUAGUGGCUUAGAAUGAAGUCUUAAGGAUCAAAUAGGCUACGAAUGGGUCGGACAACGGGCGUGUAGGAGAAGCCGUUCAGCUCUGCAUGCAGAGAUGGAAGGUCUAUUUUGGGUAGUCUCAGAGACUUACGGAUUAACUCGGUGAGGAUUGAGACGGACUGCGCGGACCUAGUAGACAUGUCUACUAAUUCGGAGGAAUGGCCAAGCUUCACAACAGAGAUAGAGAGGCUUAAGAGACUACAUGAGGACUUUGAGGAUAUGAGGCUUUCUCAUAUUCCUCCAAGUAGGAAUGGUCGAGCGGAUAAAUUAACUAAAGAGACGAGAAGAAAAUGAUCUACUUUUUCCCAUAUAGAUUAGACCAGAAAAAAGGAAAAAAAAAAUGUAACAUGUGAAUGGACUCUCUUUCUAUGUAUGACAGGGGCGAAGGCAGGGCCAUAACUAAGGGGGCAUGUCGAUUAUUUAUAAAAUUUAGCUAGAUUAUAUAAUAAGUAUAUCAUGUACCUAAAAUAUACAUAAAAUCGG